AUGCUGCGCCUGAGGCCCCGCAGCCCCAGCGCUGACCCCGCGUCCUGCUGGUCACCACAGGCAUCAGCACCCAGCCCUGCCAAGCGCCGCCGCCUCCACCAGGAGCCCGCGCGCCCCGAGCCCCUGGCUCAGCCCGAGCUGGAAGAGCCCGCCAGGCCCGCCAGCAGCGCGCUCACCUCCGUGGUGUUCCUGGCUGCCGGCUGCGCCCUGCAGCUGCCCCUGGACGGCGUCGACCUGCUGCUAGAGCCUGAGCCCACUUCGGUCCUGCAAGUGUCUCUCCAAGGACACACCAUCCUGCUGGUCCCCAAGGAACUCCAAGCCUCCACCCAUUUUGGACAGCCUGGAUUCGUGGCCACCAGCCCGCAGGGAGCCGCACCCCAGGACAUGUCCCAGGAUCACCUCGCUGGCCUGCAACAAGAAAGUCUCUGUGAGUACUUCUACCAAGAGGGUGUCUGUGAUGAGGAUGCAGACUUGGACUUCCUGGAGCCCUGGGCUAAGCUUCCAGCUGGUCAGGCUCCUGGGAGCCUUUCCUCCAUAACAGGGGUGCCCAGUUCUUGGUCUCAGGACCGCGUCCCAGAGCCAUGUCCUCUGGUACCUUCCACUGGAGCAGAGCAAUAUUUGCAGAGGUCCAUCGAGGAACUGGACAGCUACCUGCUGGGACCCUUCCCUGGCUCACCACUGCAGCCUCUGCCUGCAUUUCUUCGGAGUCCCCAAGAGCAGCGUUCGCCACGCCCUUCAUGCUCUCCAAGGCCCCCUUGCAAGGCCCGGAAGCGACUGAUCUAUGACUGAACUGCCCUGCACCAGUCCUUGAGUCCUAGAAGUGAGGGGCUUCUCUACCCCCUAGAUGCAAGGCACUUAGUCGCCUGUUGUCAGAAUAAAAGUGUUUCUGACCCAAA